AUGCAGAUGAUGCAUGAAGCCAUGCCUCCCGAUCAUCCGCCAAGUCAUCCGCCCCCACAGGCCUCGCAGAGGCCGGCAAAGCGGCGGCGUCUGAAGGGCCUCGACGCCAACAGCCUGGAGAAGCUGUUGCGCGGGCUGCAUCAAUGCCUUAGGAGAAUUGUCGACUCCAUGCCAGAUGGGAGCGGCAAAGAGGCACCUGUCCAUGCUCUGGAGGAGGAGUUCGAGCGGCACUGGAGGCUGCGUUUCGACGCGCGGGCCAUGGGUGAGUCAGGCACUGCCUCCUUCCUGCGGCGCUUUCCUGCGGUUUUCAAAGUCCGCAGCAACGGAAUCGAAGUCAUGGUCACUCCGCUUGAGGACCCCAACUUUGAUGAUGCGGCAGCUGCUGGUUUAGAGCGCACAGCGCCCGAAGACAAGGGCUUCCAGGUGGAUGGCUUUGCCGCCUGUUUCGGAGAACAGGUCAUUGCUGCAAUCGCCAACCUGGUGGCGGAGGAUCGGAAGCCUGGCAGCGUGCCGCUGAACUGCCAAUAUGCGAGCUUCGAGGUGGCGCAGGAGCUGCUCACGAAGCUGAAGGAAGGCGGUGGCCGCGAUCAGGAGCAAAACGAUCUCCUGGCCUCGCUAACGGAGCCAAAGCCGCAGGUGCCAAAGCAGGAGGAGUUUCCGCGAGAAGAUCCGCUAGGACACCUUCCCCCCACCAUGGGCCCGGGCCCCCCAGGACCACCUCCCUUCCCCGGGCCUGGCCCUGGGCCGCCUCCGCCGGGACCUCCCAUGGGCGGUCCCAUGGGUGGUGGUGACUGGAAGGGAAAGGGCGGCUUUGGCAAAGGCGGCAGCAGGAUCUGCCGGCAAUUUCAGUUUGGGCGCUGCACGUGGGGCGAGAACUGCCGUUUCAUCCAUGAGAGGCAGUGA